UAGAAGUGAAGUUUGUGGUCUGUCCGUCAGAGCUCAGCUAGCAUGUGUGUAUGUGCUAACGUUAUCAGAGUAAUGUUGUAGUUUUCUUUUCCUUCUUCGACUCUUGGAUGUGUGGAAAUGUCCGGCUUUGAGGAUCUUAGAGCUUUAUUCGGACGGAGGCUGCUCGCUGCGGUUAUCAGAGACCUGAGAGGACGAGAAACCAGAUCUGAAUACGAAGAGGAGCUCCACCGCCAGAGGAAGCUGCUGGAUGUGAUUUUAAUCCCUGAGAUAAAGCUGCACAGAGCAGUGGUUCCAGUAGAUGAGAGCUGUGUAGGAGCAGGACCAGCCAGGAAUUCUUUACCAAAGGCUUAUGAAAAAUCUGAAGACUCUUCUGAACUAGAGGCUGAAGGCAGUGAUGAUGACUGGGAGGACACCAGAGAACAUCAGUCACGUCCGAACUCUGAAGUUAUCCUCAAAGAUAAGAGCUCAAAGACUGAUAACAAAUCACAUAGCUGCUCUGAAUGUGGUAAAACAUGUAAAACCAAACAAAGCCUGGAAAGACACAAGAGAACUCACAUAGGAGAGAAACCCUUCAGCUGCUCUGUUUGCUAUAAAAAAUUCACACAAAGUGGGAAUUUGAAGGAUCACAUGACAAGUCAUACGGAUAAAAAACCAUCUAGCUGCUCAUUGUGUGGUAAAACCUUCAAGACAGAACACAAACUGAAACAGCACAAAGGAACUCACACAGGAGAGAAACCCUUCAGCUGCUCUGUUUGUGGUAAAAGAUUUACACAGAAUGGGAAUAUGAAAAUACACAUGAGAGUUCAUACAAAUGAAAGACCAUUCAGCUGCUCAGAGUGCAGUAAAUCUUUUAAGUUCAAAGAGUCACUGACCAUACAUAUGCGUAGUCACACAGGAGAGAAACCCUUCAGCUGCUCUGUUUGCGGUAAAAAAUUUACAGAUAGAGGGAAUCUGAACUUGCACAUGAAAAUUCAUGCAGAUGAAAGACCAUACAGUUGCCUUGAGUGUGAUCAAUCUUUUAAGCGUCAAGACGCUCUGACCUCACACAUGUUGAUUCACACAGGAGAGAAACCCUUCAGUUGCUCUGUUUGUUGCCGAAAAUUUACACUCCGUGGAAAUUUGAACAUGCACAUGAGAGUUCAUACAAAUGAAAGACCAUACAGUUGCCUUGAUUGUGGUCAGUCAUUUAAGCUCAAGGGCACACUGACCUCACACAUGUUAAUUCACACUGGAGAGAAACCCUUCAGCUGCUCUGUUUGCAGUAAAAGUUUUAACAGGUAUGAUAGUCUGACUAAACAUAUGCAUUCUCACUCAGGAGAGAAACCCUUCAGCUGUUCAUUGUGUGGGAAAACCUUCAUUCAAAAUGUUCAUCUCAAGUCUCACAUGUUGAUUCACAGUGAGGAGAAACCCUUCAGCUGCUCUGACUGUGGUAGAAGAUUUAACCACCAAAGUAGUCUUACACGCCACAUGUUGAAUCAUAGAGAAGAGAAACCCUACAGCUGUUCUGUCUGUAAGAAAGAAUUUAAUCAUGAGUCUGGAUUAAUCAGUCACAUGGCUUCUCAUAAAGAAGAGAGACGCUUCAGCUGCUCUGAGUGUAGUAAAAGAUUCAUGACAAACUCACGCCUCACCAGACACAUGGUUGUUCACUCAGGAGAGAAACCCUUCAUCUGCUCUGAGUGUGGUAAAAGAUUUAACCGAAUGUGUAGUCUGACAGAUCACAUGGCACGUCACAGAGGAGAGAAACGCUUCAGUUGCUCUGUUUGUGACAGAAAAUUUAGUUGGCCUUCUGAGUUGCGUGGUCACAGGUGCGUUGGCCAAAAUGCUUUAAAGAGUAAAUCACUUAACUGCCCUGAGUGUGGUAAAACAUUCAAAAAGCAAAGUCUUCUGAUCGCACACAGAAGGAUUCAUACAGGAGAGAAACCGUUCAGCUGCUCCUUGUGUGGUAAAAGAUGUAGCCAUAAAUCGAAUCUGAAAAAACACGUCAGUUCACACAGGAGAGAAACCCUUCAGCUGCUCUGAAGGUGGUAAAAAAUUUACCUGCAAGCCUUUGUUGUCACGUCACGUGGUAAUUCAUGGUGGAAAGAAACCCUUCAGCUGCUCAGUUUGUGAUAAAAGAUUUGCUUUAAUGACUUAUUUAAAAUACCACAUGGUAAUCCAUAAUGGAGAGAAACCCUUCAGCUGCUCUGUUUGCAGUAAAAGAUUCACUCAAAAACAUAAACUCAGCUUACACAGGUUGAGUCACACAGGAGAGAAACCCUUCUGCUGUUCAGAAUGUGACAAAAGAUUUACUCAUGAGUCUGCUCUGAAAAGUCACAUGAAACUUCACAGAGGGAAGAAACUGUUAAGUUGCUCAUAGGCUUUGUUCACACGGCUGCAGAGUGGCCCAACUCAAAUUUCUUUUGCUCACAUCUCUCCAUUUAGGCCAGAGACAUGGGACUCUUCAAACUGUUAAGUAUUAACCUCACAGCAGCAGACCAAGCCUGUAGGGUCUCACCUUCUGUCUCUCCUUGCUUCUUAUGCCACCCUUCUUUUCUUACUGAUCAGUGAGUUCCCCCUUGCUCUUUGAAACAGAGUUAUUUUGGGUUAUGUGGUAAUCUUCCCCUAUAAAAUCAGAUGACCCUUUAAGGUCCUGACUUGUAGCAUUUAUAGGAACUGACACAAUCAUGUCAUUGGACAUUACUAUAACUGUUUCAAAUGCUUGUUUGAAAUAAUAGGACCAAAAUACUAAAUGCAACCUGCAUUAGUAAAUUGCUUUUGUGUGAGCAGCCAUCUUGGUGAAGUUUUGCAAGGCAUUCUGUGAGAUUUCCAAUAGCAGAGUUCGGAUUGUGCCUCUAGAAAAUCUCAGUCUCAAUCUCAGAGGACUUAUUCAUCAACUCUUGUAGAAAGAUGAACUCAUUGAAGCCGUAUGGACUGGCCUGGAUCACUUCUGCAGGACAAGGACAGGCUGUAUUCACACAGCAUGACUCCAGAGUCUAGAGGGUGAUACAUAUCCUUGCUUUGAGUGCUACACUGUCUUGGUUUUGUUCCAGAUUACAUAUGUGAACAUCUGAUCAGUCAGUGAAGUGUUAAAGUGUGAUCCUUACUGUACAGCCAUGAAAACAGUAUGACUAUGAUGACAAGAUAAUAAAACAAAUGAUUUCUAAGCCUGAUUUAAGCUUCUGUGUCAAAUCUUGGCCAUAGUUUUCACCAUAGGUGCAUUUAUCCCUGAAUCCUAGGCAAGAGGCCCACAAACACAGCUGAUAAGCACCUCCUCAAAAAUGUAAUGAUGUUGAAAUCAUGCAGUGUUGCAGAGAAAGCACUAAUGGAGCAGGAUGUAAUGCUCACUGUGGUGCAGCUAUGGCAGAAGAAUAAAGCAGGCUUUGUUCAAACGUCACACAUGGAAUAAUCUUUACUUCUUGUGGAACAGCUAAUGUUAAAUGUGUGACAAACUCCUGAUUUGACUUUGAACUUCAGUCAUUGCUGUAAUCUGAAAUGUAUUACUUAGAUUAGUAGGUAUAUCAUAUUUAGUUACUUGGAGUUCUGCUGUUUAAUUUUACCUUUGAAUGUUUUUGUAUAUUCCAUAUAAUUUUUUAAAAACAAGGCUGGCUGCUCACUAGAUCUUUGUUUCUCAACUGGUGGAGCAUCAGGACCCACCAUCAGUUCUUCAUUGUGAAAUAGUGACCCAAAUUUCAGGUAUUUUUUGACCAGUUAUAUUUAUUUAUUGAAAAAUAGAACAGUUUGUACCUCGUACAGUACCAGACAUGUUAAAAAUCAAAGAGACGGGACAAAACAAGCAUGUUUUCAAAAAUUCAGUUAUUCUGGGUGAAUAUUGUCUGAACUCAGAAAAAGAUUUUAGGUUAUGCAAUACCAGAUUCUGUGAAACUAUUGUAUUUUGGUUUGUUUGCAGAAAAUGUUUCUAAAAAAGACUGGUAUAUGUGUAAGAUACUUCUUGUGGCUUGUAAAAAAUCAAUUCCAAGAAGAUGGUCUAAACCUGAGCCCCCAAACCUCAAGGAAUGGAUGGAAAUAGUAACAGAAAUAUACACAAUGGAAAACAUAACGCUUUCACUUCAAAGGAGCAGAUUUUACCAAGAAGUGAUUCAAAUGGACUCAGUUUUGCUGCAGAGGACAGGAACGCUAUCUUUGUUUGAUUUAGGACUUUGAUGGACUCAUUAAAGACUGAAUGAUUAUUAUGUCAACUCAAAUAUGCCCCACAGAUUGUUAUUUUAUCUCUGUUUAUGUGCAUUGGUGUUUUACCUUUUUUCUUAAGAAAUGCAAAAACUGACAAAAUAAAG